UUUUGUUUUGUGGAUUAUUUUGGUUAAACAAUAAUUUUCCAAAUUUUGUUUCAUGAAAACAGCAGAGAUUUGUAAAAAAGUUACGAGGAAUAAAAUAACAUUAUGUCUUUGAGUGAAAACAACUCUUUACCUGCUAUAACCAUUCAAUAUAACUGGAACGAAGUUUUAAAACAUCCUAACAAGAAGAUUUGGAUUUCCACUAAGUACUUGAAUAAACCAAGUUUUCACGAUUCUAUUACGACGACAGUCAAUGAAAGCGAUGGUAAACUAAAGGUGAAUGUUUCUGAAGAAUUAAACUUUAUAUCCAUUUCAAAUUUAAGCAUAGUCUUAAAGGAUGUAAAAUCUGGAUUAAAAAUAGCUUUUGUUGCACCAAACAAAGUUCAUGACAUUCAUGCUAAAGCAAUAUUAUCUGUUUCAAUGACUGAAAAUGCUCUUGCUGUGUCCUCCUGUGAGCAAGACAGGCUAGUGAUUUGGGAUACUAGGACAAAUGAGGAAGUUUUAGAUUUAGUAGGCCAUGGAGGUCCUGCAUACAAAUGCCGAUUCUUUCCAUCGGGGACUGUGGUGAUAUCUGCUGGGGCUGAUGGAUCAUGUCGGAUAUGGUGUGCUGAGACUGGAAUAAACCCAGUCACCCUCAAAGGUCAUACAAUGUCUGUAGCUGAUAUUUGUAUGAUUGGAAGAGGAAGAAAUGUCAUCACUGUUAGCAAAGAUGGAACAGCAAAACUCUGGGAUGUAGGCCAAGCACUUUGCAUAGCUGAUGUAAUUGACGGACAGGGAGCCAUCAAUUGCUGUACCAUCACCACAACAACCGAAGAAGUACUAGUAGAAAAUCCAAGGGAGUUCAACACUGGUAAUAAAUUGUUGGUGAUUGGAUGUGAAAAUGGUUGUGUAGUUGGUGCUCACGUUGGCAAGAGGCAGGAGUUGUUUAGAAGGCAACUUGAGGCAGCCUGCAAUGCAAGCAUAGUCAUGGGUGAUGUAAUUAUUGUUGGCUGCAGUGAUGGAAAGAUUGUAUACUUAAGCCCAGAAGAUGGUUCUGUUGUGAUGGAAAUACAUGAAUCAAUGAAUCCAGUUCUGAGUAUGGCAGUGCUUUCAAAGGAUUUAUAUGCUGUUGGUAGACAAGACGGCAAUGUCGUAAUAAUAUCAAUGCAGAAAGCCCAUAGUCAUGUGCGAGUACAGCUUACUGGAUCAGACUGUGAUGGUAUAAGAGACAUCGCAUUCAAUGGCAAAUGGGUUCUAACUGGUAGCCGAGACUCAUAUGUGAGGAAGUAUGAUUUUAAUCAGAUCUGCGUACAUUUUAAGCGCUAACCAGUAGAUAUGAGAUCAAGAAGGAAGUUCCAGUAAAAUCCAAAUUUGAUGGAAAUAAAAGGAAGAAAAGUUUGUAAAGC